UAUCUAAUCGAUGUUGGAUACGUGUGUUUGAAAGGCGAAUAAUGUCGUAUUAGAUUCUUUUUUUUCCAAGGAUAAAACAGCUUUCAGCAAAGCCAGUUACUUUGGAAAAAACAAAAUUACUUGUUCAGCAUCGAUCAUUAAAUGAUCAGAAAUAGUCCUAGUCAGUUUUUACUUAUGUUACGCUUAGCACGCAACCCAUGUGAUGUAUAAAAACAGCUCAUUCGUUUGAACAAAAGUACCUUCCACCGAAAAGUGAUGCCACAACGAGGAGGAGAUAUUGAUAAAUUACCAAUUUUGUUUGAUUUUCACCUAUAUUACUACAGCAAACAUCAUAACAUUUUCAUUUUCAACUUUCUUGUCAACACCAGGUUGAAAUUCUUAAAAAAAUUGUUAGUUUAUAUUUACAAUUUUGAUUUGUUUCAUGUUUUGAGUUUUUAUUGAUAAUUGUAAUCACUUUUUGGAAACAUUUGAUGAGAUUCACAUGAAUUGAUUAAUUCCCUGUUUCACAAAUGCUCACAUUAACAGAGACAGAAAUUGAUUCUUUUCAAAACAUAAUGAAAAGUAUUCGGGAGCAAUAAGCAUAUUUGGGAAUUUGAUGUGAACGCAACUGUGAAAUGUUGGGACAAUCGAAAGGGUGUUCUCACUUGUCAGUAUUGUCCAUAGAACAAAGUGUAUUCACCAUAACGCCCAGUCCUUAAGAUGUGCACAGUAUUACAGUAUUCUUUGGUGUCUGAAAUAACCAAGAUGAGUUAUGAGUUACCAGUGAAUCAGUAGGUUAACAUUCCUCUAAAUUAUGCCAAUCUCAUAAAUUUCAGUGCAGUGAUAGCAUAUGCUGAUGAUAUUUCAGAAAUGAGGAAGGCACUUCACAGUAUUCUUUGACUGACAAGCGUCAUAUGUUACUUCACACUUACAGAUUUGUAUUUAGUAAACUUCAGUGGUUAAUUAAUUUAUUAUGCUUCCUGAAAAUAUUUUUAUGUAGGAUUGAAGGAUCUGCCAAAACUGAUAUCCAAAAGUCAAUGAAGAUACUCACUAUGCAAAGAAAGUGCUUGAAGUCUAUGGCUCAUUAUCUUGGUUACGGAGAUGACAUAAGCAGGGCCAGCUACCUGGACGUUGCAAAGAGCUCGUUAGACAGAAUACAAAAUCACAUGAACCAUGGGCGAAAUUACACUCGGGAUGCUGAAUAUCUAUACUCUGUUACAAUGAAUGUGCACAGUUUCUUCGAGAAACAAUUCCAAAAAGAGAGCUGCAUGGAUGAAUUGAACUAAUAGCGGCUAAUGACGAAUUCAUAAUGCCGAUCCAGUCCGUUACGGACUUUUAGACUUUUACCCGUGCAAAAGUUGAAAGUAUAUUUUACUGACUUUAAUUUCUGACAUGUAAAACUUUGAAUUUUCUUUAUUACACAUAUAAUCUUUAAUUGACAUUAAUGUAACUGGUAAAUAUUUUAUGUUAAACUCUAUGCUUUCUCAAUUAAAUUGCAAAAUACGUA